AUGCCAUUGGCGUCUCCUAUCGGAUUGAACCUGGAAAUAACCGAGUCCUUUCUCAAUGAGUUGGAAUCUGCAUCAAGAGUAGCACAAGACAAAGUGGAUGUGAGACAUAGCCAUGAUAAGAUUAGGGCUUCCCAUGUUCAAAUCACUACCUUUACUGUAGGAAACUGGAAGAGGGAGGCUAUUUACAGAAGCACACUGACUGCCAAAUUCUACCAUGCCAAGAAGAAGCUAGUGUGGGAGUUUCUUUAUGGGCUAUUGAAGAGCAAAAUAGAAGUUUCUUGGUCUGAUAUCAUUGCUAUUGAGGCUGUUACGAACCCUGGUCAACCCGGAUUUCUUCGAAUUCAGCUGGCUAAGCCUCCUCUCUUCUUCCGAGAAAUCCCACCUCAGCCGCGAAAGCCAACUAUAUGGAAGCCGGUAGAUGAUUUCACUGGUGGCCAAGCCCUACUUUGCAGCACACAUGAAGCUACGUUCCCACCUGGAGAACUUAAUAAACACUACGAGUUGCUUCUGAUAAAUGAUGAGAAUCUGGCUGAGCUCAGUCGCAGGCCUUUCCCAACAAAUGAUCGUCUAGCUGAGCACAGUCGCUGGCCCCUCCCAACAAAUGAUAAACCGAAGGCUUCCAAUGUCACAAUCAACAGCUUUCUUGUAGGAAACUGGAAGGUAUAUAUAUAA